AAAUCAGAGAUAAGAGAGUCAACAUAUAAUUAGAAUGCGACUUCCAGCUUUUUGUAGCUCAGACAUUCUAAGGUUUAAACCUUGAUGGAACCGCUGUCACUCAAUGAAUAGGUGUAGGGUCGAAUUUGAUUUUGGUGGGUGCAAGGGAGACAAAUCUUGUUUGUACAAUUAUUUUUUUCAUUUUUGGACUUGAACAGUCCACAUAUAAAAAUAAAUCAAGGCAAAUAAAUACACCGCAUUUUUGCAACAUGCAGACAUUAUUUUAAAUCUUUAAACAUUUACAAAUUUUUCAUUUGAAUAACAUCAAGAGUGUUCCUGUCAAUGUGCUUUCGACGAGUCCAGUCGAGUAGUUCCUGGCAAAAAAAAAACAAGAUGGCGGAAGGUCGGGAUUAUUUUUUACUGUCAGUGUCAUAGAUAUUCUCUGCUGUCAUGAUUUUGAGGAUUAAAUUUCUGGUUUAUUCGUAGUAUUACUAUGCUUUAUGAUAUAGCUAAUUUGGGAUCUGAUAGUCAGAGUGGAGUCAAGACAUGGGACCUUAAAAAGAAAACAAACAACCAUAAGCAGGACAUUGGGGGGUCACGUUGCUAAGUGGAUAAGACGCUGGCUCGCUUGCCUGAUCAGGAAAGUUCAUCCAGAUUUUCCAGCGUGGUUCCCCCUUGUUAGUGAUGCAGGACAGCUGUCUAGUCGUUCGGAUGGUACGAAAAACCAAGGUCCUGUGUAGGCGUGCACAUAAAAGAUCCCUUGACCGUUGGAAUUCGAUAUAUAUUAUAAGAGUAGGCCGUACUUUCGUAGUGCAAAAUUUCCCUCAUAGCACACUGUAUGUAUGGCGCUUAUGCUCGUCUUCAUUAGCCCGGUUCAGAGCAUUUUAUUAAACAACCAUGUGCAUGGGCAUGUGGCUAAAUCUACCUAUUGUAGGUCUUUCUUUGGGCUUGAAAUGUUAUAUAAACUAAUAAUUAUACAUUUAUUUACCUGAAAAGACCUUAAUCAACUCUCUGUGCCAUUUAUGUGUCGGAUUUGAAUCUGAUUUGCUGCUCAACGCUUAUUUAUGAUUUAAUCCAAAAAUGGAUAAUGAAGACUAUGAUUGUUAUCGUACCGACUUUACAUAUUCCCUUUACAUUAUUGAGCUUUUACUAUAUUGAGAACUGCCAGGUCUUUAUCUAAUCUUCCAUAAUGUAUCUUUAAACUUUGAAGAUACGGUUAUUUAUUAUACUCUAUUUUGUUACAUGUAAAGAAGAUUUAAAACAUAAUUAUAAACAGCUGAAUAAAGAAUUAGCAGACAUAAGGAAGGUAGAAGAUGACAUGCAUACUGAAAGACUAAAAAGUUUUACAGCUGAUCUCUUUAAUAAUGUUAAAUACAGUGAUGUAGUAAUAUUGUUACAAGGGCGUAAAAUGCCUUGUCAUAAGAUAAUCCUUGCCGCUCAAAGUGAUGAAUGGAAGAACCUCAGUCAGUUAAAAGUUCUAGAUUUAACAGAUAUAAAAUUUCAAGUGGCCUAUACUAUGAUAAGGUGGAUUUAUACUGAUGAAAUUAAAGUUAAGAUGGAUGUCAAUUUCUUUCUUGAUCUCUUGAAGGUUGCGGUUAGAUUUAAAUUAGAAUAUCUACAUAAAAGAUGUCGAGAUGCUCUCGUAACAUCAAUAAAGGCUGACAAUGUAAGAAAAAUACAGAAAAUUUCUAAAGAAAUAGAUGAUCAGACACUUACAGAUAUUUGUCAGAAAUUCAAUGCUGAUAUAUUAUUUCAGAAUAGUGAUAUAUCAAGUUGUGACAUGACUGAGAAGACUGAUAAACCAGAUGAAGUUAAACUGUGCAAAACACAUUCAAAAACAGACACUAAUGAUGCUGCACAUAUUAUAACACUAACAGGAACUAGAAAGUCUAAAAGAUCCACCCACCUACCACAGAAUGAUUCUAUAACAGUAGAUUCAAGUGAAGAAUCAAAACCAACUACAGAUGAAAUUAAAGAAAAACUUAAACAGAAAUCUGUCCAUGAUGCCGUUUGGAAAAGACAAGAAACUAAUGAAACCCUAGAAAAUGACGUUGCUGAUAUCAUGGAUACUGUUCAUGGCACUUCUGAAGAAAUAGAAGACUUUCUAAUUACAUCUAACGAAGAUUUGCAAAGUGAAGAUGCAGACGAUUCGUAUCAAGACAAUAUACAUGUAGAAAUGAAAAGCAAAGCUGCCAAAGAUCAAACAGCAGAUGAAGAGAAAAAAAGUCUGUUAAAAAUUGUUCUGACUACUACAGACAAUGCAUUUAAGAAAAAAGCUAAAAAUGUUAUUGUUGAGAAGGCAGCUAUAAGUUUGGAAAAGAAGAGAAAUGAUGUGACAUCUAAAAAGACCUUUGAUUUAUUACAAAAGAAACUUUUGAAAGAUGAGCGUAGGAAAUUAAGAAGGAGACAAGAGGUUCUUCUCAAGAAUUUAGAAAAGGGUAUAACUAAUUCAAGAAAACCGUAUAAAUGUUCUUUUUGUGAAGAUUGCUUCCGCUUUGAUCGUACAAGAAAGGAACAUGAAAAUAUUCACACUGGAGAGCGACCGAAUAUAUGUGAACAUUGUGGUAAAAGCUUUCGAGACAAGUCCAGUCUGAUUCGUCAUCUUAGAAUACACAUUCCAGAGAAAAUGUACUCUUGUCACCUAUGCGACAAAAAGUACACUACCCUUAAGUUCUUAAAUAAGCAUGUUAAAUAUCACAUAGGUGAACGCAAGCAUAAAUGUACAGUUUGUGAAAAAUGUUUCUUAUUUGCAUGCGACUUAAGAAACCAUAUGAAAGUUCACUGUGAGGAGAAAAACUGGUCUUGCCAUAUAUGUGGGAAAACAUACAGAACAUAUUCAGGCUUAAAUUAUCAUAUUCAGUGUCACGAAAACAUUAGAUCUUUCCAGUGUGACCAGUGUGAUAAGUCAUUUUUAACCAAACACAUCUUAUCAAAGCACAUCCGAAGUCAUUCUGACGAAAGACCCUACAUAUGUGAUAAAUGUGGACGUUCUUUUAAAUAUAACACUAAUCUUCUGGAACAUUGUAGAAUUCAUACAGAAGGCAGACCAUAUAAAUGUGAAGUCUGUAAUAAAGGUUUUAGAGUUGAGAAAUAUCUUAAGAGACAUUAUGAGUUUGCAUGUGGCAAGAUGAGAUCUAGGAACUUCAAUAAGAAAAGUGAUGUGGUAAAAAAGGAGAGUGAAUCGUAUGAAAUACAUCUUACAGAUAACGAUACAAUUAUUGAUGAGUUUGACCCCGGUACUGCUGUUAUCCGUGUUCUUGGUGAUAAAUUGGCUGAUAGAGGAGUGUAUAUGCAACAAACAUUUAGCACAAAUCCGCUAUAAUGUUCACUGUCACAGGAAUUUCAAUAUGGAAUAAAUUUAUGUUAAAUAUC